AUGGCCAUUGCGAUUUGUCAAGGCGCAGCUCAAAUCGCUCUUCUGGAGGAUCGUGUGGCAGAGCAGGAUGGUAAGAUUGAUACCCUGCAAUGCCUUCAUGAAGGCCUUAGGCGCGAAAUCAUGCUCCGGCACCCCUCAUUCCCACUGCCCAAUCCUCCUGCCAAUGCAUCAUCCUUGUUGCUUGAUCAAUCCGGCCCCCCCACCAUGUCACCCGCCGAAUCUGCACUCCCACCUCUCAUUGAUCUCACAAUGGAAGGCAUUGCUCCCACAACCACAACCACAACAGUCCCGGAUGCCUCUGCCAUUGAUGGCCUCCUGUUUGAUUACAACCAAGUGGCUCAUCCAGAGGAUCCAGAUGCAUCUGGCGAAAUUGUGGACCCAGGUGAUCUGAGCAACCUUGUCCCAGAAUAUAACUCCUCCGAUGACAUGGAUGUUGAGGUUGAGGUGAAGGUUGAAGAGGCUUCUGAGGAGUACCGAGACCCGACACCCGAGAUUCGGUACUUGGUACUCGGUGAUUCGUGUUGGGUGUUGGGUGUCGGUACUCGAUUCGAAACUCGAAUCAAGAAACUUGAAACUCGCAUAAAUCUGAGUACCGACACCCAACACCCGACACCCAAGUACCGAGUACCGAAUCUCGGGUGUCGGUACUCGGGUGUCGGGUGUCGGUUUCAAAUUUCAAAUGUCCACACGAAUCAACCGAAUCUCGGGUGUCGGUACUCGGGUGUCGGGUGUCGGGUGUUGGUACUCGACUCGAAACUCAACACUCGAACACAUGAAUCACCGAGUACCGAGUACCAAAUCUCGGGUGUCGGUACUCGGGUGUCAGGUGUCGGGUGUCGGGUGUUGGGUGUCGGUACUCAACUCAAAACUCGAACACACGAAUCACUGAGUACCAAGUACCGAAUCUCGGGUGUCAGUACUCGGUACUCGGGUGUCAGGUGUUGGGUGUCGGGUGUUGGGUGUUGGGUGUUGGGUGUUGGGUGUUGGGUGUCGGGUGUUGGGUGUCGGGUGUUGGGUGUCGGGUGUUGGGUGUCGGGUGUCAGUACUCGAUUCGAAACUCGAAACUCAUAUAAAUCUGAGUUUUCACGAUAUUAUGUCCGUACAUCAUCAAGCUAUCUUCCAAAAAUAUAUAUGGCUGUGCAUGAGGAUGGAAAGGGAAGAGAAAACACAGCCAGCAACAAGACUCGCAUAGUAGAGUCGAUUACAGAUGAAGCAGGGGAGUUGAAUGGGAUGAUGUAUCGAGACUCUAAGAGUCGAAGCUGUGUAAAAUUCCCCACUUCGGCCCACCUGUCUAUCUGA